UGGGCGUUUUCACGUCGUACUCUUGUUUUACCUCUGGAUAUUAAACUCUUGAUGCGCACGCAGAUUUAGACGCGAAUGAUUUUCCUUGACUCUAGAAACUCUCCAAAAUGGAGAAUGUCAUCAAAGCACAAUUGUAUGAAGAUUUAUUUAUUGAAGAUGAAACGGACAUUUUGUUUUUGCUCGCGGUAAAACAGACCUGGAUCAUUCAAAUUCUUUUAAAUCUAGAGCGGCGUUAUAUUCCAAGACUUGGAGGCUUUUCGGAAAACAUUGUGCCACAAUUUGACAGCAAACAAUGUCGAAGACAUUUCCGAGUGAGCCCGGAAAUUUAUGAAAUAAUCCUGAAUUCAGUUGUAGAUUCUAUCACAGAUGAUAACGCAUGGCCCGGUGGUUCUGAACCAAUACCGCCCAAUAAAAAACUGCUGGUAUUUCUUUGGUACAUUGCGAACCAGGAAACGUUAAGAGAAGUCAGCAAUACAUUUGCAGUAGGCAUUACAACUGUGCACGAAAUCGUAAUCACGGUAUCAAAUGCGAUCAACGAAAACAUGGUUAACGUGAUUAACUGGCCAGAUCCUUAUACACAACAAGCUAUAUCAAGGGAAUUUCAACUCCAGUCUGGUUUGCGAGGCGUUAUUGGUUCCUUGGAUGGAACGCAUAUUCGGUUAACAACAGCCCCUGGUGGUGACAGAGAUUAUUUCAACCGAAAAAACUUCCCUUCCAUCCAACUACAGGAUGUGGCAGACUGUGACAUGCUUAUACGUGAUGCGUACACGGGCUGGCCUGGGUGCACCCAUGAUGCACGUGUCCUCCGAAAUUCUUCUUUGUUCGACAAUUCCGAAAAUGGACAAUGUGUAGUGCAUGGGAAAUUUAUUAUCGCGGACAGUGCCUAUCCCCUGAGGAAUUGGUUGGUAACGCCUUUCCGAGACAAUGGAAGACUGAAUGCACAACAACGCCGAUUUAAUCAGAUGCUGUCCUCCGCAAGACAAAUUGUUGAGCGAGUAUAUGGGCACUUAAAAGGAAGAUUUAGGAGGCUACGAGAAAUACCUGUUCGAAAGCUGUCCCGUAUAGUCUCACUGAUUAUUUCAGGAUGCAUCCUGCAUAAUCUGUGUGUUUUACAUCACGAUGACGUUGAAGCCUUUAUAGACAAUGAUGACGACGGGCAUCCUAAUGCCUACCCAAACAUUUAUGUUGACGGAAGGGAUGGAGCAUUAUUCAGACAGCAGCUAAUGGAUACAAUGCCCUUGUAAAGACUUCAUUAUCACAGUAUUUUGUAUAAUUAUGCAUGUGCCUAGAGUUUGCUGCAUACAAGUAUUAGAUUAAACUUCAAACAAAUCAAA